AUGAUAAUGAUAACGCCAAGAGAUGAGCUGCAGAUGGAUUACACUAACAUGCAUCGUCACAUGGAAGAUUCAUUGGUGCUGCACACGCAUCUUAUUCUUUGCCUAGUUUGCGUGCAGGGUGCAUGUAGUUCGCCACUUCCUUGCGUCAUUCUCCUUGCUUGCUCUCGGCGGAGGCAAAUUCAGGAAAUCUGCAUCUGUUGGUGUUGCUCCUACCUUAUUUUGCGUAUUCGUGUUUGUGUCCUUGUGUUUGCAGGAGCCACCAAACGAGCUCGGCCAAUGAUCGUCGUAGUUGUUGCUAUAACAAAGACAUGAUCAGUCGCUUUCCUCGAGUCAC